AUGCCUCCAAAACGCUCCAAUGACCGUAAACAAUCCUCCCGCUCCUCAGCACAAUAUACCAUCGAUCAAGUGCUCCGGCGUCACAGACGCUACCUAGAUGAACUUGAGCGAGCAAAUUAUCACCGCUUAGCCUCAGACGGAGCUGCGGAGGAUAAGGAACGGUUAGCUGUUACGGAGGCUAAGCGUGGGGAGAGGAAGAAAAGUACUCAGGCUGUGAGGGGUUUGUUGCUCUAUCGAAAGAACCUGCAGACUUUGAUCGACGAAUCCGGGAUAAAAGACCUCCCGCAGGGAACGCCGUCUUACCUCACCGUUGCUACACCAGCACCAGUAGAGCCGGCAAAGAGGUUCUGUAUUUCCUGUGGCUAUUGGGGGGCAUAUCGCUGCCAGAAGUGUGGAGAAGAUUACUGUUCCAAGAAGUGUGGGGAGUGGCAUGACGAGUUUCGGUGUGGGAAACUUUGAGUUUUGGAAAGGUGGAUGCGCAUACUCCCUCAUUGGACGGACACGUCGAAUUUCGCCAUUCGCCGGUGCACGAUAAUCUUGCAUGUUUGGCGAACAGCACCGCUAUCGACCCUUCGAGAACGUUGAAUCUUGUGCUCGCCAUGCACCAUGACACCUUGAUCGUACUCCGUCGACGCAUCUUCUAUUCUGGACGCAAUGGCUGUCGACCAGCGAACGGUUUUACAGGAGUGAACAUCCAUGGGUGGGUAGCGGCCGCUCGGUACUUGAUUCAGAGCACACUUUGCAGGUAUAGUACGCAAGCACUGCUUGAUCAGCAUACAUGGCUUGCAUUUUAUGUUACAGUAAUACAACGACUCUGUGUAUUCAAU